CGCCGGCCGCCCGCCGGCCGCCACGACCCCAGUCCCCGGCGGGCGGGCGGAGAGGCGACCGCCGCGCGCUGCUGCAUUCGUCCUGCCGCCGCCGCGAUGCGCAGAGGGACCGAACCGCCUGGGGGCCGCCGCCGCCGCCGCGCCGCACCAUGAAGCUCCGCAGCAAGGCGGCGGCGCUGCUCCUGCUCGCGCUGGCCGCGCUGCUGCUGGCGCUGCUGUCCCUGCGCGCUGGCCGCGCUGAGCCCCCAGCGCCUCCCGCACGUCCCGCGUCUGCCCCGCAGCGCCACCCCGCGCCGGUCCCCGCGCGCUGGCCGGGACCGGGCGCCCUCCCCGGGGCCAGCCCGGGAGUUCGGAGGCGCCGGCCCCCGCGUCUGCGCCCCCGAGCGGGCCGCCGGGGCGCUGCGAGACUGGAGAAGUUGGCGAGGAGGCCUGGAGAACCCAGGAGUUUCCAAGCUGUGCUGCCACCCGAGCUCUGGAUCCACCUGGCUGUGGUGGCCUGUGGCAAUCGGCUGGAGGAGACGCUGGUCAUGCUCAAAUCAGCUGUGCUGUUUAGCCACAGAAAGAUCCAAUUCCACAUCUUCACUGAAGACUCUCUGAAGCCCGAGUUUGAUAAGCAGUUGCGCCAGUGGCCUGACUCAUAUACAAAGAAGUUUGAGCACAGAAUCUACCCCAUCACAUUUUCUGUUGGAAACCCUCAGGAGUGGAAGAAAUUGUUCAAACCCUGUGCUGCCCAGAGACUCUUUCUUCCGCUGGCACUGACUGUGGACAUGUAUGUCUUCCUCUUUUUACCACCAGAGUGUCUCUAUGUAUUCCCCUGCCAGUGGAACUACCGUCCUGAUCACUGCAUGUAUGGAAGCAACUGCAGAGAGGCUGAGCAUGAAGGUGUGUCUGUUCUGCAUGGAAACCGAGGCGUCUACCAUGACGAUAAGCAACCGACAUUCAAAGCACUCUAUGAAGCAAUACGGGAUUUUCCCUUUCAAGACAAUCUCUUUCAAUCCAUGUAUUACCCCCUUCAGCUGAAGUUUUUGGAGACUGUGCACACUUUAUGUGGACGGAUCCCGCAAGUUUUUCUGAAGCAAAUUGAGAAAACAAUGAAAAGGGCUUAUGAGAAACACGUCAUCAUCCAUGUUGGCCCCAACCAGAUGCACUGA